UCUAUUUCGCACGGUGUCGCAGACGAGUAAACACGCGCUUCUGUUUUUGCUCUCGAAUUGAAACGUAUUUGCUCGCCUAUGGCUCCGCAGGAACGGUAUUACGUCACGGGAUAACACCUCCGCGGCAUCGCACAGACGGCACUACAUCGCGAGAUAUUUCGUCUAUUUCGCACGGUUUCGCAGACGACUAAACACGCGCUUCUGUUUUUGCUCUCGAAUUGAAACGUGUUUGCUCGUCUAUGGCUCCGCAGGAACGGUAUUACGUCACGGGAUAACACGUUCACGGCAUCGCACAGGCGGUAUUACGAUGUCGCGAGAUAUUUCGUCUGUGAUCUUACACGUACGGUAUCGGCGUCGCGACAAAACACGUCUGCGAGAGCGAAGUGGUCACGUGCACGUUCGCGUCGCCCUUCGUAGGUAUUCAGUUCGAGCGGACCGACACUGAAUUACGGAGAUUGUGCGCGACGUUCAACGAGUUCGAAAAGUGUACCCGUAAGGUGACAUUUGCUGUCCAUUUCCAAGCGAACCGUACGCGCGCGGAGAUCAAUACGAAACGAGCAACUAGUUAAAUUGGCUCGGCGAAAAUCGACGACGCGCGUUGGAUUCCAUUCCAUUCUACCAGCGAUCGUCUGAAACGUGUGUGUCACAAGGUGCAGCAACCAUGCGUGUGGCUACGAGUCUUUUGGGACUGUUGCUGACGGUGCAGCUUUCGCAACAGGUGACGCAGCAGGACCAAAGUAAUUACUAUGUCGGGGCUGUGGUGGAGUUCGCGCCGUACGUCCAGCACGGGAACAGCACGCUAACUCUGCAGAAGAACGCGGCGACGUACAUCGAGUUCAUACAGAUGGCGAAACAACAGGGCGCCGACAUCAUAGUGUUCCCGGAGGACGGAUUAACGUCGUACGAAAUGCCGAGAAUCGAGAUAGCAUCCUGGACGACGGCUAUACCUUCUCCCGAGAAGCAUUAUGUCCCGUGCACGCAGAAUCGAACCGACGUCAGCCAGACAUUGAAGGAUCUAUCGUGCGCGGCGCGGGACAAUAGCAUUUAUCUGGUAAUAAACAUCGCCGAAAAAGAAUCUCUCGCCAAUGGGACGGUCUACCACAACACCAACAUGGCGUUCGAUCGACACGGCAAAAUUGUCGCUAGGUAUCGCAAGGUGAAUCUCUACGGGGAACCUCAAUUCUCGACGGUCGAGCCGCCGGAAAUCGUCACCUUUGACACCGAUUUCGGCGUCACGUUCGGCACAUUCAUAUGCUUCGACAUACUAUACGCGAUUCCGCCGCUCAAUCUGACCAGGUUAAAGGGCGUCACGGACAUUGUGUACAGCACCGCGUGGUUCUCCGAGGCACCGUUCCUCACAGCCGUUCAAACGCAAUUCGGAUGGUCCUACAGCGAGAAUGUGAAUCUGCUGGCGUCUGGGUACCACAAUCCGGAUGUCGGGAGCGCCGGAAGCGGCAUCUAUUUGGGGCACGAUGGGAUAGCUAACGUGACCAUGACUGGGCAUAAACAGAGCCGAUUACUGGUCUCGCGGAUACCAAAGAAGAGCUCGCAGAAACCUCCGACUUUCUCAGAGAAAGACAACUUGAACGAUACCGCGGAAAGUUGCUACAAGCUGGACAUCAGGGUGGACAUUGUCGACUCGAUUCACAUUAAGCGCGACAACCUUGAGCCGUUCGAGACCGUUCCGUUGAACGAAUCUCCGUUCAAUAAAACCGUGUGCCACAGAGGCUUCUGUUGCGAAUUCCGAGGCAGCGUAGCUCCCGAAUCGAACAUAACAUCCAGCAUCUAUCGGGCCGUGGCGUUCAAUGGCUGUCGUCAUUAUGGUCUCACGGCGGAAGCCGAUAUUCGAACGUGCGCGUUGACGCAAUGUUCCAACGAUUCCGUCGCUUCCUGCGGUGUUGUUAAAGAGUCGAACGUGACAUUCAACGAUAUUAAGAUCAGCUCGACCGUCUACGACCAGUCAAAAAUACUGGUGUUGCCCAGCGCGUUGAACUCCACGUUGCUUCCGUUCGAGAGUUGGAGCAUGCACAAAGAGGCUGACGGAGACGGAACCCGAUUCACGAUCGCCCUCAAGGAAGCGACCAGCGACGUGUCCACCUUCGGCCUGUACAUGCGACAGUUCAGCAAAUCCAGUGGAACCUCUAAAUUGUCCGAACCGAGUGCGAUCAUUGUCCCCAGCCUAGUGUCCUACCUCUACCUGGCCAGGAACCAACUCUAACCGUUCUAGUGUGUUCGUAAUCGAUUCGUUCCUACGAAUUGUGGGGACAGAUUGCGUGUAUGCGCAUAAUUGCUAUCGUACAUCGUAUACAUUGUGUGUACAUGUUGUGUCGUCACAGUACUCGACGACAGAGUAGCGAGCGAGAUUUAUUUGCGCACGUGUAUGAAAUUAGAUGCAAUCGGUGAUAGAACAGUUUCCACGACGCGAUGCUUUCCAUCGACGAAGAAGAUCUCUAAUCUCUGGGCCAACUUUAUCAACGGCAUAAUAAUAUUCGGACAGGAUUCGAAACUGUUGCGAGACAGCCCUGUAUCGAGUUUCGUGUUGCUUCACGGUUACUUUCAACUGUUUCCCAGACUGCCGAAUGUUCGCCGCGAUAGAAAUCACAGAUCACACGCGAGAACUGUGGUAAACGGCAAAAAUGGCGUGCCUCAGGAUACCAGCGACCGAUCUCACGGCAUCGAUUCGAAUAUUAGGCUCCUGGCUGAGCGGCAGAUACGCUCACUCGGAUUUGCCGAAAGUUAGCUUCCAAGAGUACCGCAAGAAAUCCGUCGCACAUCCUAACGUGUCUGCUGCAAGGUCCGCGGACGAACGACGUGUCAGAGCUACCUUGUCGUCUUUCGGUGGGUGAACCCUUCCUGUGCGAUCGUUUUCGAACUUUCUCCGGAACGCAGCCUUAUUUUUAACACUUAAACCUACUCGGUGAACCCUUCUCAGCGUCAGCUUCCUAGAAGUAAACUAUCUCUAACAUAAAAGUUUCGAAAAUCGCAUAUUAUUGUUGGAUCUUGAUAAGUUACGUUGAAAUUAAAGAAAGCCAAAUUUUGGACGAAGAA